UCUCAACCAAUACAACUUUUCAUAACCAGCCAACAGCUUAACCAAAAGCCAUUCUCGAAGGAAGAAGUAAAAGAAAAGGUGCGAUCUCUGUGUGAAAGUCAAAACUGGCAUUCUUUUUCUUUUUCUUUCUCACUCAAUAUCUCAACAACAGCACAAAAAUGGACCCCACAUAAGAUACGCUUUGGUCCUGUCUCAUUAUCAACACUGUUGUUAACGUUAUUAAACAAAAACAGUGACAUAGGAAGCGACAAUUGGAGGUGGGAUAAUCCUCUGUGUUCGAUUUUUUGCUUAAAAAAACAAACAAAAUCACUCACAUUUUGAUUCUCCGUAUCUCUCUCUUUCCCUUUUUCUCAUUCUCCUUUAUUUAUAUACUUUACCAUUUUCUUCAUAUCUUUCACCAUACCAACCAUUUCUCUUUUCAACUUCAUCUCUUCUUCUUUUUUUUACUUCCUUUUCUUCUUCUCAUGGCUACCACCGGUGAUGUUGGUGUUGUUGGUGAGUUACACGUCCUUGCUGUGGAUGAUAGUUUUGUUGAUCGUAAAGUUAUUGAAAGGUUGCUCAAAUUCACUUCUUGCAAAGUGACUGUGGUAGAGAGUGGAACUAGAGCUUUACAGUAUCUGGGAUUGGAUGGUGAUACGAGUUCCAUUGGUUUUGAUGGUGUGAAGGUUAAUAUGAUAAUGACAGAUUAUUCCAUGCCUGGGAUGACAGGAUAUGAAUUACUUAAGAAGAUUAAGCAGGAAUCAUCUGUUUUUAGAGAGAUUCCAGUGGUGGUUAUGUCCUCUGAGAAUAUCUUAACCCGAAUCGAUAGUUGUUUGGAGGAAGGAGCAGAGGAGUUUCUAUUGAAACCUGUCAAGUUAUCAGACGUGAAACGCUUAACAGAUUUCAUCAUGAGUGGUGAAGGGAAGAAAGUUGGAGGAAAAAGAUCUCAAAAAAGAAACCGGUCAGAUGAUUGCAUUUCAUCUCUAUCAACGACAUGCUCAACCGUUUCUCAUCCAUGCGAUCUAUCAUCACUAUCACCGUCUGCUAUGUCAUCAAAGAAAUCUAGACUAUGACUAUUGAUUCAUUAAGAAGUGCCCUUUAUGUCUCCAUUUUUGCUGAACUAUAUUGUUCAUAUCACGAUGUAAUUUGUGUUUUUAUACUAAAUAUUGCUGACAAUGAGUAUAGGAUUAGGACUAAGGAAGAGGAUCUCAGAAAUCACUUGCUUUUGUUUGUAAAGAAGAAAUUUAUUAUUAGAAAAAUUAACAAAAUCAUCCAUUUUGCCGGGUCUA